AUGGCUAUUCCACCAAACUUUGAAGAAGGUCAGUCUGCCUACAGGCCACCAAGGUUCAAUGUCCGGUACUAUGGAUGGUGGAAGACUUGGAUGCAUGACUUCAUCAUGGCUGAAAAUUCAGAGCUAUGGGAUGUUAUCUGUGAUGGACCCUUUGUUCCUACCAAGAAUCUUGGCGACCCAGCUGUAGCCAUUCCCAAGACGAGGAAGGAAUUGAAUGACGCUGAUCGAAAGGCCGUAGAAAAGAAUUUUCGUGUAAAGAAAAUUCUUGUUUGUGGCAUUAGUCCUGAUGAAUACAACAGGAUAUCGGCAAGUCAGUCAGCCAAGGAAAUCUGGGAAGCUCUUCAGAUAGAUCACGAAGGAAUAACACAGGUUAAGCAAUCCAAGAUCGACAUGCUCACAACUGAAUACGAGCCUUUCAGGAUGAAAGAUGAUGAAUACAUCCAAGAUAUGCAUACUAGGUUCACCUCCAUCAUUAAUGAGCUUCACUCUCUUGGUGAAACUAUUCCAAGAAAUAAUCUUGUCAGGAAAAUCCUUAGUGUACUGCUCAGUUCUUGGGAAAACAAAGUGAACGCCAUUACAGAGGCGAAAGACUUGCAGACACUGACCAUAGAUGAACUUUCUAUAAAUGAUGAAGAUACUUUAACUGUGGAGUUAGGAGAAGCAGAACAAACCAGAGAUGACUUAGUAAUCGUUGUUGUUGAUUUAAAGGAAACAAUUGAGAACUUUAAGAAAGAGAAGGAUGCCUUAGAUGAAAAAAUUGCACAUAUAGAACAUGAAAGAGAUGAUCUAAAGGUCAUUGUGGUAGACCUAAAAAAAACCUUUGAGUAUGUAAGAAAGGAAAAAGAAGCCUUAGCUGAGAGAGUUGCUAACAUUAAGCAUAAGAGAGAUGGCCUAUUAGUGGUGGUAGUGGACUUGAAGGAAACAAUUGGGGAACCUAAAAUAGAGAGUAGGCUUGAAAAUUCUCAAAAAGGAAAGGAAGUUUCAAGUGAGGCACACAUUAAGAUUGAAAGGGAGUUAAAUUCAGUGAAGUCUAGUAUGUGUGCUGAGCUUGAGAAAAACAAACAACUUCAUGAAGAGCUAGGAAGAGUGAAGGGUGACCUUGAAAAAUCACUCAAGUGGACCUCGUCCUCUGAUGCUAUCACUGCCGUGUACACCAACAAUGGAGGAAACAUGCAGGGGAUUGGGUUCCAAAGGGAAAAGAUUCUCUACAACCUUCAUAGCAAGUACGUUACUGUACCUGAUAAUUGGCUUUGCACUCACUGUGGCAACACUAGGCACUUUAAAGAAAACUGUAAGGCCAGAUUUCAGUCACAACAGAAAAACAAAGUUUUCGCUAAAAAAGUAACUACUGGUAACAGUGAAAGGAAGAAGCCUACAAUGAAUGGGGAUCUCAACUGUCUAAGUGCUAUUGAUGAUGAUGCUGAAUUAUGGCAUAGGAGGCUGGGUCAUGUAAGCUUUACAUUGCUGAACAAAUUGGUUAGGAAGAACCUGGUUCGUGGUCUUCCCAAGUCAAGUUUCAAGGAUCACAAAGUGUGUGAUGCAUGUGUAAAAGGCAAGCAUGUCAGAUCCUCAUUCAAGCCCAAAUGGGAAGUCAGUACCUCAAGGACACUUGAUCUUCUUCACAUGGAUCUAUGUGGACCCAUGAGGGUGGCAAGCAGGGGAGGAAAGAAAUAUAUCUUCGUUAUAGUUGACGAUUACUCCAGAUUCACCUGGACUUUAUUUCUCAGAACCAACUGA